AUGCUUCCAAGCAGCGCACCUUCUGCCACCCCACCCUGCGCCCUCCCGUGCCUGCCCCGCCCGCAGUGUCGGUGCGUGCAUGUGGAUGCGGUGCAGGAGGGCAGCCUGCGGGUCAGCACCAGCGGCGGCGACAUCUCGGCACCCAAGGUCAAGGCGAUUGACGCCCACCUGUUUUCGGGCGGCGGCGCCAUCCGCGGCGCCAUGACCGGCGUGGACGUGCGGGUGGACAGCGGGGGUGGCCCGCUGGCGCUGGCCGCGCUGGUGGCCAGGCGCGCGGCGCUGCGGAGCGGCGGUGGGGCGCUCACGCUGGGGGCGUGCUAUGCAGACGAUCUGGAGGCGGACUCAGGCGGCGGGCCGGUCCACGUCACAAACAUGGACUGCCGCGGCGGCAGCGCGACGCUGCGCUCGUGCGGCGGCGCCGUGGCGGUGGACAGCCUUGACGGCAACCUUCAGGUCGACUCGGGGGGCGGCGCUGUGCAGGCAAGCUGGGACGGUGUGCAGCUGGCCGACAACGCCAGCGCCGUCAGUGUGGCCAGCGGCGGCGGCGACAUCCAGCUGUUCCUGAGCCCCGGGCUGACGGGGCUGCUGCGCCUGCGCAGCUGCGCGCGCGUCGCCGCCCGGCCCGGCACCGUGCGGCAGGUGGAGACGCGGGACGACGGCAGCCUGCUCUUCCGCCUGCCCUUGGAGCAAGGGGACGCAGCGGCAGUCGGACGGGACAGGGCUGCAAUGCCGGCAGCGGCAGCGGAAGGGGUAUCGGCAGCGCCGCGCAGCCGUCUGCAGCGGGCGGUGGAUGUGCAGCCGCAGCCGCCGUCUGGCAGCGAUGGCACGACGGGCAGCAGAGGGCAGGCUGGUGCCGACAUUGUGCUGGAUGCGGCUGAUAGUCUGCCAAUAAGCUGCGCCCGUCAAAAAGAGGCGUACCGUCUGUGGCUCCAUGCCUGUCUUGGUGCAAAAGCUCCAAGUCAUUUAAAUGCGCCGUCCAGCACAGUCCAUUCAUGCAGUGUAAAGAAUACUUCUAGCAUCCAACUGCUCGGAGGGCGCUUACCCCGGUUUUCGCCAGAAGCGUGUGCCAGGGCCCGGCUCUCUCGAGCCAGCAACGCCCAGCGGCGGGCGUGUGAGCAGGCGAGGCCCAGCCAGGGCGCCGUAGCCGCGCCCAGCGACCAGUCGGCGCCCCCAGUCAAAGCGCAGCGCAGGAUGGAGCAGCCGGCACCUGCAGCCCCUGGAGAGGCCCCCACAGCCGCACCUGCCCCUGCCGCCGCCGAGCCGCCGCCCAGCGAGCAGCCGGCGCGCGCACCCGAGGACCAGCCGCCAGCAGCCGUGCCAGCACCCGCGGCGGCGCCAGAGCAGGAUGGGCCCAAGCCCGACGCCUCGGCCGCCGAAGCGGAGGCCGAGGCGCAGGAGGACGAGGAGGUGGCGGCGGCGCUGUUUGACCUUGCCGCCGCGCCAGCAGCCUCGCCGCCGCCGCGCGCGGCCUCGCCGCCGCCGCAGCCGCCGGCCUUUGGCGGCGCCGCGUUUGGCGGCGCCGCCGCGGCCGCCCCGCAGCAGCACGGCGCGCUGCCCUCGCUCCACCUCCUGCAGCAGUACCAGCAGCACGACCUCAAGCCGCUGCUGAGCCCGCGCAAGCGGCCCCGCAAGCCCAAUAAGACGCUGGCGAUGUAUGAAGAGUUCACAGAUGGGGAGUCGGAUGCAGAGGAGAAGGCGGAGGGCGGCGGCAAGCGGCCGGCCAAGCGCGGCGGCGGGCGGUGGGGCGGCCGCGGCGGCGCGGCCGGCGGCCGCGGCCGCGGCGGCUGGGGCCUCCCCGCGCAGCAGCAGGCGGGCGGGCGGGGCGGGCGGGGCGACGCCCCGCGCGAGUCCUCCACAGCCGACAGCCGCGACAUGAGCUGGGCGCAGCAGCAGGCGGCGGCGGCUGCGGCGCUGGCCUCUGUGCAGCAGCCGCCCCCAGCCCUGCCCAGCGCGCCCCGGCAGCUCGCGGCGCCGCCGCCGCUGCCAGACAUGCUGCGGCAGCCGGUCAAGCGCUGCGCCAUCCACGCCUACAUCGCACACCUGGUGCAGUACCACCACCAGCUGACGGCGGCGCAGCAGGGCGCGGCGUCGCAGCAGGCCCAGCCGGUGGCGGCACAGCCGCCGCUCGCGUCCAUGCUCCUGCAGCAGCAGCAGCAGCAGCAGGCGUUUGGCGGCGCACCGCCGCCGCAGAGCGCGCUGCUGGCGGCGCUGGCUGGGCUGGGAGGUGGCGGCCUGCCGGCCGGCGGCGGCAGCGCCCUGGCAGCGCUUGCGCCCUACCUGCAAGCAGGCGGCGCCAGCGGCGCCCUUGCCGCCCUGACGGCGGCGGCAUCCAACCGGGGUGGCGGCGGCGGCGUGGCCGGCCUGCUGCAGCAGCUGCUGCCGCAGCAGCAGCCGCAGCAGGCGCAGCAGUCGCGCGGCGGCCUGGCUGGCCUUCCACCGCAGCUUGCCUCCGCGCUGCUGGCUGCUGGCAUUGGCGGCGGAGGCGCUCUGGGCGGCCUGGGCGGCGGCGGGGCGCCGGCGCUGCAGCAGCCCCCCGGACUGGCGGCUCAGCUGGCAGCCCUGCAAAGCGCCCUCAGGCCGGCAGGCGUGCCGGGCGGCGAGCAGCAGCUGGGGGGCUUGCCGGCAGCGCUGGCCCAGGCUGCCGGCGAGCGCUCGGCUCCCAUGCAGCAGGGCCCCGCCGCCCCGCAGCAGGCUCAGCAGCAGCAGCAGCAGCAGCAGAGCCGCAUCUCUGAUGUGCUGGGGCAGCUGCUGGCGCUGCAGCGGCAGUUCCAGCAGCCUGUGGGCGGCGUCGGCGGCGGCGCGGGCCCCGGCCCCGUGCAGGGGCCCACCCACCCAGGCAGCGGCCCUCCUCCGCAGCAGCAGGAGCAGCAGCAGCGGCUGGGUCUCAUGAUGAACCAGCUGCUGCAGGCACAGCAGGCUCAGCAGGCACAGCAGCAGGCGCAGCAGGCGCAGGCACAGCAACAGGCGCAGCAGCAGGCGCAGCAGCAGGCGCAGGCGCAGCAGCAGCAGGCGCAGCAGCAGGCGCAGGCGCAGCAGCAGCAGCAGCAGCAGGCGCAGCAGCAGGCGCAGCAGCAGCAGGGAGCUCAUCCGCAGGCCGGCCCCAAUGAGUUGCAGCGCUUGCUCGAGAUGAUGAAAGCAGGUGGCGGUGGUGGUGGGCCAGCGCCGCCAGCCAGCGCGGGGACGGCAGCAGGCGCCACUGCCGGCAUGAAUGGCGCAGCCCAGGAUCCCGCUGCCGGCAGCGAUGCUGGCGGCGGCGGCCUGCAGCCGCCUGUGGGCAGCGCGCUGCAAAGCCUGCUGCGUUCGGUGGGCGGGCAACCACAGCUGCUUCUGCAGCUGCUGCACCAGUACCGGUUGCGCCAGUCGGCCAGCCCCUCGCAGCUGGCGCAGCUGCUGCAGGCGCAGGCUGCUGCGCAAGGCGGCGAGGGCCCGGCUGCUGCCGCUGCCGCUGCUGCUACGGAGGCUGCUGGCAGGAUGCAGGCGGUGGCGGCGCCAGGUAGCGGCCAGCAGGAGGAGGGGCAAGCGCCAGGCGCCGCCGGUGAGGCCGCCGCCGGUGAGGCCGCCAGCCUGCCGCCUGAGCGGGCAGGCGAACAGGCAGGCGGAGUGCCCAAAGCACACGCCCAGCAGCAGCCGGAGGGGCAGCUGGUGGCGCCUGAGCACCAGCGGUCACGGCUGCCCGAGGGGCCGGAGAAGCAGGUCGAUGGGCCAGCAGAGGUGCCACCGGCUGCAGCAGCAGGCACCGGCGCUGGCGGGGCAGCGGGCAGCAAGGAGGGCCCAGACCAGCAGCAGCAGAUGGAUCAGCAGGGUGCCCCCGACCAGCCUCGCCCAGGCAGCCCGCCGCCGGCAUCCGCCCCGCUGCCAGCGCUGGUGCCUGCUGGGCAGACUUCGCCGCCGACAGCAAACGGCGGCACCGUGAGCAGCGAGCAUGGGCAGGAGGCAGCUCAGGCAGCGGCCGGCGGGCACCCGCCUGCCCUGCAGCAGCCAGGGGCUGGGACGAAGCAGCAGGACGGUGGUGCCGACCGUGCCCAGCAGGCACCGCCAGAGCCUCAGCAGGCAGCGCAGGAGGCGGGCGCUGCCGGGCAGCCCGCUUUCCAGCAGCGCCUGGCGACUGCCAUGGACCAGCUGCGCAUGCAGCUGCUGCUGCAACAGCAGCAGAAGCAGGCAGGCCAGCCGGCGGCGGCGGCGGCGGCGGCGGGUCUGGGCGCCGCGUAUGGCGGGGGCCAGCCGGGCAGCCAGAUGCAGCGCGUGUUGAUGAUGCAGCAGCUGAUGGCUCAGCAGCUGGCGCAGCAGCAGCAGCAGCAGGGUCAGCCGCAGGCAGCGCAUGGCGGCGGCGCCGAGCCGCAGCAGCCUCGCCAGCUGCCUCCGAACCUGGCAGCGCUGCUGGCAUCCAUGCACGGCACUGGUGUGGAGACUUUGUUGGGAGGCCUGCAGCUCCUGCUCCCUCACCAGCCGGCGCACCCAGACACCUUGAUAGCGGCACCCUGCAGCAGCUCUGCCGCGAGCUGGAUCGGCACCUGCCCGCGUGCGACAUCGUGGAAGCAGUCUCCGCAGCCGCAGCUACUGCCGCAGGUCAGCUUCCCGCUGGCGCCCGCGCCGCAGCCGGUGCAGCUGCUGGGCGCUGGCGACGGCUGGAGCGGCUUUAUUGCCAACCGGCUAGUGGCCGGGCGCAAGCUAGCAAUGACGUGGAACCCGCCGCCGCCACAACAACCAUGA